UCGUUAUGAAAACUUCCUUGUUAGCAAUAUAUAGGACACUUGUGGUUUAUUUCACUGAAUAAAAGCGAAAAAUUGUAGUUUUUUUUGCCGUGAAAGGAUCUAUUACAGAAAUAAAAGAGUGUGAGCGUCGUUGCACGUGAAGGAAUAUCUGGUUUUAAAGUCGUUUAAAUAACGUCAAGUGAAAUUAUCUCUAUUGAGAUAAUUGAUAAUAAUCUAAAUACCUAAUAUGUAUGUUUAAAGAUUUAUUAUACAGAUAAUUACAUUAAAAGGGAUUGCGUGUUAUAAACUGAAACCAUGAUCAAUAUAAUGAAAAGAUAUUGUGUUGGAGUACUUGUUAUGUAUCUUUUGCUUGUGGAAUUUGGGAAUACAAAGAGAACCCACAAACAAUGUAAGGAACAAAACCGUAAAACACUUGUAUGUAAUUACAUACCUAAACUCUUGUUCAAACAAUACGUACACGUACGUUUUAUAGACUGUAUAAGAGAUGAAAGAAGCGUUUUACUCAAUAGUUCAAGUUUCAUUCAUGAAAGCUGGGCAAAAGUGCUUACCAUCGAGUUCAAUGACAUAACAGAAAAUGAAUAUUUCGGUACCUUCUCUCGUGAAUGCUUUAAAGGAUUGGUGGCUUUGAAGGAAUUGAAAAUUCAUUUAGGAGAUUUCAAACUUGAUGAAAACGCGUUUGUGGGUUUAUCUUCAGUCCAUACAUUAGAUGUAAGCAAAUGUUACCGACUUCUCGUUGCAGAUGUUUUAAAAACUCUGAAAAUGAAAAGUGCUUUACCUGCCUUAAAGAGGCUUAUCAUGUCUGGAAUAGGGUCGUAUUCGGCCGAAAACGUCAUUAGUCAAACAGAUUUGGACUAUAUACCACCAAGACAAAUAUCAACACUUGAUUUAAGCAGAAAUCAAAUUACCUUCGUAAAUAAUAGCAGGAUUAUUCAAUCAUUCAGUUCUCUAAAGAGUUUGAAUGUAUCAUACUCAAUUCUAUCAGAUCUAUCUGGAUUUUAUGUCGAACAAAACAAUUUGAUUCAAUUGGAAGUCAUUGAUAUAAGUAAUGCUGUCUUACCAGUAAGCGCUGUUUCUCUCAUUCCUGGAAAAUAUGUGGGAAAAAACAUGGUAUUCAAAUAUUCAGAGGUUACCGAUAAAGGUCGAUAUUUACAUAUUGAAAACUUCCUCACUCCUUCAGUUGUUAAUGCGAGCGGGAUAUUACCUUCCAUGGUGUCAGUAUGGAUUUAUAACUCUACACUUAUUAUUGAUGUACCAUUACACUGGAAAGUUAAACAAUUCGUUGGUAGGAAUAAUAAUUUUAAAUAUUUGGAUGCUAUUUUGGUAUGUCCAAUUUUCAAAUUUACUUCCCUCUAUCAUGUCGACAUCUCAUAUAAUGGGCUGGAAAUGGUACGUCCAAGCAAAUGUUUUCCAAAUUUAGAAAUAUAUGAGCUAUCUAAUAAUAAAUUGUUUAAAAUGCUAGAAAACAACGAACACCUUUUUGAAAAGUUGUUUGCCUAUCACAGUAAACUACGUAUUAUAAACAUAGCAAACAAUCACCUUCCAAAGAUUCCUAAAACUUUUUUCAAGUAUAACAAAAACACUGAAGUAAUUGAUCUUUCAUUCAAUCAACUUGAACAAUUACAUUUUGAUAUGAUGGACUUGCAUAAUCUACGCCAGUUAGAUGUAAGUAACAAUAACAUUAAAGUCCUGGACGAGAUAUCUAUAAGAAGUCUCAAUGAUGUUCCUUGCGUAGGGUCGCAUUCAUCUUUUGGCGAUCGUUGUUUACUCAUAAUGAAAUCAAACCCUUUUCUUUGUUCACAAUGUGCCUGCAAGUCUUCCAUCAAAUGGCUUGUUAACUUAAAGCACUUGCAAAAGGAGCAACAAGACUUAAUGUGUAUGUCUGAGGAUAGUACUUCGAUAAAUAUCAAUGAGUCUGCUAUAAAGAGAAUUCAAAAAAUAUGUAACCGUAAACUUAUCAUCAUAUCUUCGACUGUAUCUGCAUUUGUGACAAUAACAAUAGUUUGCAUCAUUUGUAUUAUUUUGUACAGAAGAAAAAGGAUGCUUAAACGUAGGAGACAGAUGGAAAAUGUUUUAGCCAGGUUUAAAGAGGGUGAGGGACAGUACGAGUUUGUUGCCUUUCUUUCAUACAGUAGCGGUGAUUACCAAUUUGUACAAGACCACGUGAUUAACCAACUUAACGAGAAUCUUAAACUGGUAAUUGAAACAGAUCGAAAUCUUAUAUGUACUGGAGACCAAUAUUUUCGACCUGGUUUCACUUUACUUGAUGAAACAGAACAAUGCCUGGACAGAGCUUCCGUUGUCAUCCUUCUAUUGUCAGAUAACUUUUGUCGUAGUUCAUAUUGCCAAAACGAGUUUAAUCAGGCAUAUAUGCAGGGGAAACCAAUUGUUUUGAUGAUAUUAGGAAAUGUAGAGGAGGAGUUAAUGAUGCCUUCAUUGAAAAGUUUGUACAGAAGAAAUGUCCGCAUUUUAUGGAAAGUUGACAAUAAUGAAUUUGUUCUUAGUACCACAUGGGGAAACGUAUGUAAUUCAUUGCUGGAAAAGACGCAGGUUUAGAUAUAGAAUGAAUACAUAAUACUUACACUCUGUUAAAAAAACUUUAAUAGCAUAUUUCAAAAAUAAAGAAUAUUAGUUUAGAAACUUGAAAACAAUAUCUCACUUAAUUACAAGCACAGAUACACAAUUUUAUUCUUUUGGUGGCUAAAAAUUACAUAUAUAGUUGUAAAAAAGGAUAACGCACACCACAAUUUAACUCAUUUUACAUUAUAUUUUGAGCUGACUAUGUAUUGAAAAAUGUAUAACAUUUAAUCGCGAUUAACUUGAAAUUCAUUUUCAAAAAUGGAAUAGAAUUUUCCCAGAUGCGAAUAUAUAACACAUGUAACGAUCACUCAUUAUGAAAUCAAACCCAUUUCUAUGCUCACAAUGUGCCCGCAAGUCUUCUAUCAAAUGGCUCGUUAACUUAAAGCAGUUGCAAAAGGAGCAACAGGACUUAAUGUGUAUGUCUGAGGAUGAAACUUCGAUAAAUAUCGAUUAGUCUGCUAUAAAGAGAAUUCAAAAAAUAUGUAACCGUAAACUUAUUAUAUCUUCGACUGUCACUGCAUUUGAGACAAUAACAAUAGUUUGCAUCAUUUGUAUUAUUUUGUACAGAAGAAAAUGGAUGCUUAAACGUAGGAAAAAGAUGGGAAAUGUCUUACUAACAUGAAAUAAAAAACAAUUAUGUUUAAAAGCAUUCAGAAACUUUCGAUGUAUCUUUUGUUGUUUUUUUCUUGUUCUUUUAUAUUUAACUUUCACCCUCUUUACUUUCCCGUUUUGUUUUUGUUUAAAUAUUAGUUUACACUAAUUCGAGUAUCGUAUUGCUGAUGGUACCGGAAAGGUAUGUGUGCUGUUUUGUGUGUGCGUUAUGUUCUAAAUAUGUAUAGUUGUAAAUCCUGUGGGUAUUUAUGAAUUGGAAAUGUGGGUGUAUGGGUGCCGAUGAGCGUGUGUGUGCGUGUGUUUCGUGUGUGAAAAAAAACCUGUUUGCUUUUGUAUUAUCUGGACAGAAGUUUAUUAUAUGUUAUGUACACUUUAUUACUGUAUGUUAAAAAACUUAUAUUUUAUUAACAAAGAAAGAGUAAAAAGAAAGGAUUACUGUG